CUAUAACUCCUCAGAAGGCUCAGAAGAUGUUCCACGCUGCCAAAGCUUCGGAAGCGGCUGUGAAAUCCUUCACUGAGAUAUCUAACGCGGGACAUCUUACACCUUUCAAGCCCCCAUAUUUUACCACUCGAACCGAACCUGUGGAAUCACACUCUUUCAAUUCGUCACACGGAUUUUCUUCUUUCGGCUCAGAUAUACAUGACACUGGAUUGCCUUUGGACAUUCUCAACGACCCGGACCCAUGGGCGACCAUCGGAAAGAUUCUAAACCUUGAGAUCGUGGAGACGCACGACAAUGAUGAUAUCACUUUUACUCGCGGUCGGGAGGGUGUCGGCUAUGUCAGGUGUCGUUUGGACGAAACAGCACAUAUAUGGAAUCCACCACAUAAUUCGACGAUAAGUCUGCAACCGGUCAAAUCAGAAUGCGAAGAUCAAUCCAAGGCGACGAUGAACGACGAGGUGGAAGAGCACUUGGGGGAAACCACCGACCGUUGUCGCCAUCAUUCUCAACAUUCUGAAGGUUCACAGUCGGAAGAAAGACCUUCGCCUGAUCAUUCCAAUCUAGUCAAAGACAUGAAAAUCACAGCUCAGAACGAGCCACUUUGUAUGUUGACGGUGGCAGAGUCGGAGAUACAAACAGAGUCACCUUGCAUCCCUACUGCACUCGCGCAUCGAGUCUCUCCCCGGGAUGUACAAUGCAGUAGAAUAGAUGACGAUGAUAUGUAUCGGGGGCCCUGUUUGUUUGGGGACUCAGACGAAGAAGAUGAAUAGUUUUCGACGGAACAUUUU